AGUAACUCCUUGAGGAAAGGAGUCUCAGUGAAUGAGCUCCUGUAAGCUGGACUGACACGGGAAAAGGAGCAGCGUUUUAAAACAAAGAACAACUUCUUCACUUAAGCCUGCAAAAUCUUUACACUUUGACUUCCGGUGUGACUUUAUGAUUGCGCCAUGGCUGAGGGAAGCUGUUUCGGUGCAUUGUAGCUGUAUGAGACAACCAGAAACGGACCUCCACUCAAGGAACAAAAGAAGAGAGAAAGACGUAGAACCAUGAGGGGAGGGAAAACAUUUGCUCAGAGAGAAUAAGAUCAGCAGCCCAUCUGGACCUGGACACUGAACCUUUUGGACUAUUCUAUUUGUAAGGACAGGAAUUUUAACUUCCCAAUCCCUGUCACUUGGAGGAGCUUUAAACAGUUUCAAGAAUAUUUCAGUUACUUUUUUAUCAUCAACAAAUUAAAGUUAACACCAUGUGCCAUGUUAUUGUGACAUGCCGCUCCAUGCUCUGGACGCUGCUCAGUAUCGUGGUGGCCUUUGCUGAGCUUAUCGCCUUCAUGAGCCCUGAUUGGCUGCUGGGAUCCCCUCGGACGGACACCAGUGUAAGCAGGGAGUACAGACCAUCUCUCGGCCUCUACAGCCGCUGCCUUCAUAUUGGGACCUGGGGAAGAGGGGUGAGCUGCGGGCCAUAUGCCAGCUCAUUUGGAGAGGUGGCCAGUGGCUUCUGGCAGGCAGCCAUGUUGUUCCUGGCAGCAGGGACAUUGUUGCUUGGGGUCGUGGCCUGUAUGUCCAUCUUCACCUUGUGCUUCCAGAGCAUCCUGAAGAAAAGCAUAUUCAACAUCUGUGGACUGCUCCAGGCUAUCGCAGGCCUCUUGCUGAUGGUGGGUCUCAUGCUGUACCCUGCUGGUUGGGGUUCAGAGAAGGUGAUCAGCUACUGCGGCUCUGAGGCCUUGCCCUUCAGGCCGGCUCUGUGCUCCCUUGGAUGGGCGUUCUACGCAGCAAUUGGAGGAACGCUGGCCUCCUUCCUGUGCGCCGUUUUGUCUGCGCAGGCUGAAAUUGCCACCUCCAGCGAUAAGGUUCAAGAGGAGAUUGAAGAGGGGAAGAGUCUGAUCUGCUUGCUCUGAGCCUUCACAAAUUACAGCAUCUUUGGUGCGGUUUCUCUGAUAUGGACACCGGCUCCUUUUAGUGGAAAGAGGACCCACAUUUCCCUGAAUGGUUUUCAUGAUUCAUGAUGGCCUGAAUAAAAUCAUCUGAUUGUUGACGAAACAUAAACAGUUUUUUCAAAUCUUGAGGCAUGAUAUUAUGUCCUGAAAACCACUGUAUCCUGAAUUUACCAAGAAGUAGGAAACCACAUAUUAUUCUCCUAACACAACUUCAGGUUAAACAAAAAGGCCUUGGUACAGCAGCAGGCUAAGGAACAUUACCUGUUUACUCGUCUGUUGUGUUUGUCCAAGAUACUGUGUUAAUAAUUCUUGCUAUAAACAAACCACUGUACUAUCAUCUUGGUAGUGGAUACAUUGUUAGUGUUACUGUGGACAGGUUCAAUACAUUGUUAUGAUGUUUAUUCACCUGCAAACCUCAACAAACCACUGAACAGUAGCAGAUGUGUCCACUAAAAUGCUCCACAAUAGCUUGCAAAUGUUCUCUGUGUGCGUGUGUGUGUGAGAGAUAGACAUCAAGUGUUGACGUUCCUAAAUGCUCAUAUGUUCUGGCUCUGUGGCACAGCAGGACAGUAAUACUACUCACGAUUUAUGAUGUGCCACUUUAAGGGAUUGUUCACUUCAAAGGGAGUUCCUCCUAAUGGAUUGUUUGUGGGUCUGUUGCACUGCAUAAUAACUGGAGUGUAUGCAGAAAAAGAACAGAGGCUUGCCAUAUGUUUCACUGUGGUAAGCUUUCAUUAGGGGGAUGUUUGCUCACAUCAAGAUAAAGGAGGCUGUGCUGUAGCUUAUUCUAAGUUACCUU